CGCCCCCGGCCGGGCUUAGAAAAAGCGGCGCUCGCGCCCGCGCCGGGCUGCGGGGUUUGCACCGGCGGCGGGGUUUGCUUUGCAGCGCGCCUGGCCUCUGGAGCUGCGCUUCGCUCCCCGUCGCCUCCUUUGCAAGACCCCCUCCGUCCCCCACCCCCCCCGGGGAAAAAAGCAAAGGGCGCAAAAACAAAGGGAGGCAGCGAGUCGCCCAAAGAAAGCCAUGAGCCCCUUGGCCGCGUGGCUGUGGUUGCUGGGGGUGGCCGCUUGCGUCUCCGGGGAGGACUCGGUGCCGCUGCCCGCCACAGAUGCCCGGGAAGCCGAUGGUGCCUCUUGGCUUCGGAGUCCGGACGGCGAGCCAACGCAAGUUCGGAGGCUGCAGGUGAAAUUUGCCGUUCGCUCCUCCGCUGACCCGGAUGGCAGCUGCUACCUCGCUGUGGGCGACAAGCAGAAGUUGGAAGACUGCAAGUUCAACGUGUCCUCCAAAAGCUUCUUCGUCAUCCACGGGUGGACAAUGAGCGGCCUGUUCGAAACGUGGCUGGGCAGCCUGGUGCGGGCUCUCUUGGAACGGGAGAAGAGUGCCAACGUGGUGGUGGUUGACUGGCUCGACUAUGCCCACCAGCUCUACCCCAACGCUGUCAACUACACCCAAGUGGUGGGGAAGGAGGUGGCGAAGCUGCUGGACUGGCUGCAGGUAAAGUUUGCGAGAGACGGCUUCAAGUAUCGAGCGCGGAACGUCCACUUGCUUGGAUACAGCCUCGGUGCGCAUGUGGCUGGCUUUGCCGGAAACUAUGUACGUGGGACAAUAGGUCGGAUUACAGGUUUAGAUCCAGCGGGUCCGAUGUUUGAAGGAGUUGAACCCAACAAGCGUCUCUCUCCGGACGAUGCGGAUUUUGUGGACGUCUUGCACACGUAUACAAGGGAAGCUCUGGGUGUCAGCAUCGGGAUUCAGAUGCCCGUGGGUCACGUCGAUGUCUACCCCAAUGGAGGAGAUGUCCAGCCAGGGUGUUCCUUGACUGACGUCUUGGGAUCCCUUGCCUAUGGGAAUAUCGGGGACGCCAUGCGGUGUGAACACGAGCGCUCCGUGUUCCUCUUUGUGGACUCGCUGGUGAACCAAGAUAAGCAGAGCUUCGCCUUCCAGUGCACCGACUCCGGCCGCUUCAAAAAAGGGAUCUGCUUGAGCUGCCGGAAGAACCGCUGCACCGGCAUCGGCUACAACGCCAAGAAGAUGCGCAACAAGAGGAACACCAAGAUGUAUUUGAAAACACGGGCUGACAUGCCUUAUAAAGUUUAUCACUACCAAAUGAAGAUACACGUCUUCAGCUACAAAAACAUGGGAGAAACCGAGCCCACCUUCUCUGUUACGCUGCACGGCACCAACAGCGACUCCCAGCCCCUGCCUUUGGAAAUAUACGGGCAGAUAGGACUGAACUUCACCAAUACUUUCCUGGUUUACACCGAAGAAGACGUGGGAGAUGUCCUGAAGAUCAAGCUCACGUGGGCGGGAUCCAACGAGUCGUGGUACAGCCUGUGGAAGCAGCUCAGGAGUUACUGGUCUCAGCCGGACGGUUCAGUCAAGGAGCUUCGGAUCAGGCGUAUUCGGGUGAAGUCUGGAGAAACUCAGAAGAAGCUCACUUUUUGUGCAGAGGACCCCCAGGUGACCAAGAUCUCUCCCGGCAAAGAGCUCUGGUUCGUGAAAUGUCGUGAUGACUGGCAGGUGAAGAAUCGAACCAGAUCAGCGACCAACUUGCUCUGAAACGUCCCCCUUUGGAGACUUGCUGUACUCAGCGGGGAAUCGAACUGGCCAAAACGGUGAGAGGAGGCGAAUGCCGAAGAGGACAGCUGAACAAACCGGCUACUGCGUCUCUGGCUUCUUAUCUUUCCUUCUUGCACUCUCAGCGCCUGACUGUGUAAAGGCGGAACUCUCCGUCUCCUCAAAAUGUGACAAUGUGAACGCUGUUUCUAGGAACACGAGAAUGUCCUGUAUUUAUGCCUACCCCUCUUAUGACUAACUUAUUUAAAGCGACAGUCUGUUAGUAAAUCGGCCCUCUUUUUGGGAGAGCCCAAUGUGUGCCUAAACCGGCUUGUCCGGAUGAGCAACUGCUUGCUGUCCAGUCUCUCUGUCUUCUGUUCUCCACUCACAAACUACGAGCACACAGUUGCUACUGGAAUACUUUGCUUGCCUUGUCAAAAGGCCACUCUGCAUAUUCUGACCUGAGAGAGGAGUGUCUUCCAGCAUCUGCUAUUGAAGAGGAACUCGACAACGGAACCCUAACUCUUAAUGAGAGCCAGCGUGGUGUAGUGGUUAAGAGCAGGUGCACUCUAAUCUGGAGAACCGGGUUUGAUUCCCCACACUGCCACUUGACCUGUGGAGGCUUAUUUGGUGAAUCAGAUUAGCUUGUG